UAUUGCAACGACAAAAUCUCUCGUGGAGUUGCGGUCGCUAAAUUUUCCGCACACGCUCGUUGCCAAUCCGAAUGUCUCGUUUUUAACCGUGUAUUUUUCAUUUUUCAAAACGGUCCAAGAUGCGGUGCCGAGAGCUUCGCGCGAUUCCUGCUGAAUUUUGACGUUCCUUUGCCGCGGAAAAAUAAACAAACUGACGAAUUCCGAAAAAUCGACUCGUAAAUAUGGUUCGCCGUUUAUAUUUCUAAUAUUUUAGCGUCGAAAUAAUGCAAAAUUAGCAAGUAUGCGGGAUUAACUUGACGCGGAAGAAUUCGGUUUUGUUUUGGUUAGGUUCGUUUAUUAAUGCGAACAUCGUGAAAAGUUGACAAUAUUUUUCGAUAAAAUGCUUUGGAAUAUGCUUACGUCGUGUGUGAUUUCUAUAUUUAUUUUUGCCGUAUGUGUGGGACAACCUAGGGAAAAUAACAGCGUGAGAUACCGAUACAUUUGUCCGGAAACCUUCAAGCAAAUUGGGAAACAAUGCUACCACUUCAGUAAUUCAAGCGAUACGUGGUUCCAAGCAUAUUACAAAUGCAACUUGACUGUCCUCUCUGAGCGAUAUGACUUUCGUUCUCUAGAACAAUAUUUUUUAAGGAAUACGAGCCGUCACAUCGGUAAGAAGGGCUAUUGGAUUGCAGCCAUCAAGGAUUGGAAGCAAAAUAAGUGGAUGUGGUAUUCUUCCGGAAAACCUGUAAAGUUUCCUGCAGCCAUCGAGGAGCAAUACCAGCAAAAAGAAUGGAUAUGCCUCUCGUUUGAUAUAUCGACACGAAGAUGGGUGGCGAGAAACUGCAUGGAGGAACUACCGUACAUUUGUCAAACGGAGCCUAAAGCGCUCGUUGCUUUCAAGAUAGUGGACAAGAAAUUCAAGAGAAAAAUAAGCUUGGACAAAUGCAUUACCGACACCCAAAACCUUUCGAGACGGCAAAAGUUUAAAUGUGAAAAAAUCUUAAGAACUAACGGACUAAACUUGCACCCAAACGAACCAGCAGCAGUAAUACAGAGGCCCAAUGACAACCACUCGAAAAUAAUUAAUCACAUUUGCCCUCAAAAUUGGAUAUCUUUGGGAAGGAAAUGUUAUCGGCUGAGCAAAGACGCGGUCACCUGGAGUCAAGCUUACUACCGCUGUGACCAAAACAACUCAAAGUUAGCGAUUGUAAGAUCUAAAUCCCAAGAUUACAAGCUGAGGAUGCUUCUCAAUGGAUUUACCGAUAAGCAAGAGAGGUGGAUCGGCGGAAUAUCCAACGGACGUAAAGGAGGAUGGAUAUGGGCGCAGUCUGGACAAUCUCUGAAAUACACCGGGUUCGCCAAAAAUGUGCAAAGUAACGUUCUUAGUUACAUGGAAUGGCACCAAGCGGCUAUAAUGAUGGACCCAAAGUUUGAGUAUCAGUGGAAUUUCAGCAAUAUAAUGGAAAAGAAGCACUACAUAUGUCAGGUGAAAGGAAAAUCUGUGAAACAGAUUCUUUCGCCCAGGAGGCCGCAGGCGACGAUAGUCGUCAAGGGAAGUAGGAGGAAAAAUCCUAAAUACUUACCCAAAGCUACGAACUAAUUACAAAUUAACAUGCUAAAAUUUUCCAUUAUUUAUUGUAUUGUAUUUUCAUCAGUAUUAAUACGAACUUUGCAAUAAUCUGUUACUCGAUUUUUUGACUGUGGAUUCUUCCUGUUUCUCAGCUAUCUAAUUGCGGUUCGAGAAUAAAAAUAAUCCAGAAGUUAUAUCUUGAGCCGACAAAUUUAGAGGUACAAUUAGAUAGGCUUUUGUGUAUUUUUAAUAAUGUUCACUGCCAGUUCUAGCCUCACGUGCCUUUAAUAAUAAUUGUUGCCAAUCUGUUUGAUAGGCUUACUUAGACAAUAACACUAGGACUAGUUACGUAUGACUAAUGUAAAUCUAGUUUGUUAGAUAUAUGUACCUACAUCGACACGCGGUAGUUACUGUAAAUAUAAAUGCGGCUUUGUUUGGU